CCUAAGUACAUACAAUUUUUUUUAGCUCAAUGAAUAUUAUUGUCCGUUUCAGUGGACUCUUAUUUUGAAGCUACACUCGGAAGUAGCAGCGCGGUCGGCGGAUUUGACGCCCGGGCGGCAGGAGCGGCAGAACUAGCAGCGGCGGCGGCAGCAGCAGUUCGGUCUGUCCCGCUGUAGUUCUCCUAAAUUCCUGCUAACGGCCGGCAGCUCCGGUCGCAGCACUUGUAUGUUGCCGUGCCGUUGUGUGUCGCUUUCUGGCCGUUGACGGGAGCUCAGCUAGUCGCCGCCGGUGUGAUGGAACUGGACAAAAUGGACGAAAACGACUGGAAGUAUCACGGAGAGGGCAACAAGAGCCUGGUGGUCUCUCACGUACAGCUUUCCAGAGUUCUACGCCUCCUCAAGUAUCCUGCAGAGGACUCUGAAAACCCACCACAGACUGCAGAGCAGGCCUUCAGGCAGAUCCAGAACAUCGUCGACUUUAGCUCCAACGUCAUGAGCAGCCUGCUGGGGGAGAAGUUCAUCCACAGCGGGGAAGUGGUGAAACUGCCUCUGGAGUUUGUGCGACAACUUUCAAUCAAAGUCCAACAUCAGAGACCAGCCUGGAGGUGUGACAAAGUGAUGGACAUCUACAGCGGCUGUGCUCUCUGUCUGCCAAACCUGACGUCUCCAGGAAUCCACCAGCCAACUCACACUCCACCGCUCUGCAUCGAGAUCAAGCCCAAGUGUGGCUUCUUGCCGUCCCCCAAACACGUCAGCAAAGACAUCAAGACCAAAGUGUGUCGCUUCUGCAUGCACCAACACUACAAGGUGGCCAACGGGAAGUGGAAGAGACGCAGCCUGUACUGUCCUCUGGACCUGUUCUCAGGGAACAGACAGAGAAUGCACUUUGCCAUCAGACACCUGAUAGAAGAACCUCAGAACAACUUCAAAAUAUUCAAGGGAGGUCAGUGCGUCUACAGCAGCAAGGAGGGCAGUGACGACUCUCUGGACCUGAACUCUCUGCUGCAUCAUCUCAGACCGUACUUCCUGUACGGGAACAACCGGAUCAACAGUCACAUGACCAGCAAGGCUCUGCUCAACGACUUCAUCCAGGUUCUGGUCAACGCUCUGCUGAGCGGAGGAGGAGGAGGAGGAGGGGGAGGAGGAGGAGUGACGGACCGGCGAGGAGAAGGAAGGAGCUUCUGUGAGGCGAGCCUGUUCAACAAGGAGAGGAUUCGCCACGGCUCUCAGGGUUUACCCAGCGACAGCGUUCUGUUCAGGAUCCUUCAGACCCAGAUGUUGGACUCGCUGGACAUCGAAGGCCUUCAUCCUUUGUACCGCCGAGUGGAGCAGCACCUGCAGGACUUCCCCAAAGAGAGGACUCGUCUCCAGAUAGACGGACCGUACAACGAGGCUUUUCUGGAGAAGCUGCAGAAAUGUUCGACGGAGGACGACGGCUCUGUGGAGUUCGCUGCUGCUAAGGUCCAUCAGUACCGCGUCGCCAUGACGGCCAAGGACUGCUCCAUCAUGGUCGCCCUGCUGCCCAGCGGCGAGGAAGAGGACGACGAUGAAGGGCUCUCCGGUCAGCGGCGCCUCAGAGACUUCAGACCUCCUGCGUUCUCCUACUCGGUGUCCAUCUUGGAUCUGGACCCGAAGCCGUUCGACAGCAUCCCUCGCCAGCUGCGUCUGGACCAGAAGAUCGUGUCCUGCUACCUGAGGACCGGUGCCUUGCCCAAGGGCAUCUUCGCGGCGGCAGAGAGGGACGACUGCACGCUGCUGUUCCACCCGGUGUGACGGCCGCCUCCCGCAGCCCGACCGACCGACGCCUCCGUCGGGGAGGAGACGCCCCUCAGAGCGGAGCUGCUCACCCGAGGCUCCGCUGCAGCACUUUGUGUUUGCGUCGGCAGGUAUCGCUGAGCUGCAACAAACCUGCAGGAGCGCCACGUGUUUGUGUUACUGAUCCGUGUUGCCGUGGCGACCCGACGUCAGUGAGCAUCGGCCUCCUGAUUGGACGUUUGGUUGUCAUGGCAACACGCUCCAACCCCCCCCACCCCCUACCCCCACCUUCCUGAAGUAAAGGUGAAAAGCAGUAUGAUGUCAUUUCUCCUGGGGGCGGGGCUUGUCUGUCCAGGUGUGUCCACUGACAGAGGCGUCACCGCGGCGACAGAGUUAGAGCGUCGUACCCAUAAUGCUUUGCUUUCAGUCGGGUCAGAGGUUUCAGGCCGGGUUGUAACAUCAACACAACCGGACUAGAGUUUAUUCUGCCGGAAGAUAUUUCACAGUGUUCAAAAAUACCAGGACGUUGGACGACAGCGGUCGGAGUCAGCAGCAGGAUGUUCUGACCCACAAUCCUCUGAACAAACAGAUGAGGCUCAUUUCAUACUAUGAUGGUCAGUUUUAGAUUUAAUAGUCUGUCCCAGUUGGCCCUGAUGGAUGGAAAGUUGUCCAAAUGACUUGAAAGUUCCCUGAAAUAUGCUCAAAAAUAGUCAAAAAUGAUUUUAAAAAAUGAGUUGAAACUGUGCAGAACGACUUGAAAAAUGGUUUAAAUUGACCUGAAAUUUGUGCAAAAUAGCAAAUGACUGAAAGCGAAUUAGCUUCAGCAGAGAGGGGCGCUUGUUUUACACACCCUCACAGCAAACACACCUGUAACCAUCUUGUUAAACAUUAAGAGUCACAAACGGGUCCUACGGCUACGUGUUGUGGUUAAAUAAUGAUUAAAUAAUUAAGUGCAAUGAAUGAAACAUUCACUUUCUGCUGCUCCAUUUAAUAAAAGUAGGAAACUCCUCCGACCGGUUCAGCAGCUCUGACUCUGUUAGUUGUGGAUAUAAGUCGUAGCCUCGGCUGAAACCUCUGACUUUAAAACCUGCUUUUGUUUUCAACACUCGGCCCUUUAUUAUUGUGAGAUCCGGACUCGUUCUGUUGAGGAAGAUGUUUAAUCUCGGUAGUCGGCUAACCUGUUGACUAACCCGGUGACCUGUAGCUCUGUGACCGUCCCGUCCCGUCAGCGCUUCAGUUCUGUGGAUUCAGACUCUUUCAUCAGACACAGAUGAUGAAACCCGUCGGCUCUGCUCCGUCUUUAACAUCAACUCGUCCUUUCUGAGGCGGAUGUGAAGCGACUUCGCAGAACUGAAGCUGAACGUGACCGAACGGCUGCAGAGAGCGAACUUAAAGUUUUAACAGAUCAGAGAUGCUUUCUGUCUAAUCGGACCGGAGCAGUGGCUGCUGGGUAACGGAGUCCAGUGCUCUUCAGACGGGCCGAGCUCCUGGUUCUUGUGCCAUAAGUGGCUUGUUGUUGUUGUGUGUUUGUCCAUGUGCCUAAAUGUUCUGGUCGGACUGGAGGGCGGCGGCGGUGCGCUCAGAAAACGUUGUUACAGGCUGCGUUCACGGACGUUCGUCUGACCGGGCCGUGGACGCAGCGGCGAACUCUCAGUACCUCGAACUCCCGGCGACCCGUUGAGGAGCGCCGGGACGUCUCUGAGGACGCUGGCGUUUCCUCUCCCGGUGACGUCGUCGUCCUCACAAACCGCCGACGGAGGCUUCAGAUAAACUGGUGACACUUGACUUCAGUUCCUGCUGACACUCUCCAGCUUCGGCCAAUCAGACGUCAGGAAAUCACACUAAGAGCCUGAGUCCUUCACACUCCAACCUCGCUCCGGCCCUCCGGCACCAGGCGGGUUCUGUCAAAUCCAAACACUAAAAAAUGGUUUAAACCAGCUCCUUCUAGCUUCUGUUACUGAGGACAGGACGUUUAGCCAACGGGACGCCUCGGACGCCUGGUUGUCAUGGAGACGGAGCAGGAAAAGGCUGGAGAGUGGACGGCAGCGAGCUGAACCAACCAAUGAUCGUUGUAACUGUCGAAAUGGAGACGCAGCAGGCAGCAGGGGCUGAUGGGAAAUGUGAGAUAGAGGAGGUCUGGAUAGAACAAACACCGACGGCAAAUCAACGAGCCGCUUUUGUCAGUGAUUAACGGUUAAGUGAUUAACUGAUUGGUAAAUAUGUGAUACAGUAGUACCUGGUUGUUCCACCAGGUGGAGCCUCUAAUACUGUAGUGCUCACUCAGACUGUGAACGGUGGAUGCUGGCAGCAGAGCGAUGUGGCCGUUAAGCAGCAACGGCACCAUGACGAGACUGAUGUGGAGCUUAAUGACCUCCAGACGGAGCUCACAUAUCUAAUAAUAUAAUAUUCCAUCACGGCGGCGUAAAAACCCGAAAGAAUCAGAAAAUUCCCGGCUGUUAAUGAGUCAUCAGUUAUUGAUUAACAACGCUGACGACUAUCAGUUAAAAAAACUGUUAAAAACAUGCAUCCCGACUUCUGUUUACUGCCUAAAUAGUGUCGCUUCUACUCAAGAUGUUUAGGACUAUUCUCGACCAGAUGGUGGCCAGAUAUUUGCGCCGCUGUUCCAACACUUAAACCAAUCGAAGCAAACUUUCAAAAUGUUACCAAAAAAGGGGAAAAAAACAAACAAACAAUGAGGCUCGCUUCUAUAAACUUUGUAGUGAAUAAAGGGGUCUGCGUAGUUUCGUCAGAAGGUGGCGCUGUGGGCUGCGUUAGCUCUAAUAAACAGAGCAGAAGAAACUAAAAACCCUAGAAGAAGAAGAAGAAAAAGCAUCUGUUUCCGAUUUUGUAGUUUCUGGUAACUUAUUCAAAUGUGAAACUUUAUUGAAACACAGCUUCUGUUACAAACUUGUCUGAAAGGAAAAGUUUCUCAUUAAACCGUAAAACUUGACGGAUUCAGAUUUUGGUUUCUGUUUCAUGAACCUAAAACCGUCGUGAAGUGAGAUAACUAACCUCAGUUACUAUUCUGGGGUUUUCCUACUUUAACUUGAGCAUUUUAAUUUAAUGCUGAUAAUACUUCAAAUACUUUUACCUGACUUACGCUGUGACUGAGUAUUUUCUCACAUUUGGAUUCAUUUUCAAAUCGAACACAACCUCACAGAUGAGUAGUUCAAGGACUGCUGUAAAUCCAACAAUUCCUUUUUGUUCAGUUAGGAGAUGAGACGCCUUUCAACCCAUCUGCUGAUUUCGGGGUUCAGACUUCAGUAAAAGUUCAGCCAGAAGCUCUUACUGGACGCUGCUGGUUGGAGUUUAUGGUUUCGCUGCACAUCUGGGACGACGUUUGAGAAACGCGAUUAUCGUCCUGUCAAAUCUGUAAAAACCUGCUCAGACGGUCAAACUUGCAACGUGCCAUCAAACGUGACAACACUGAGGCACAAACUCAGUGUUACUACAUCAAUAAUACUGUGACACCAUCCAGACCUCCGCCAGGUGAGCUGCAGCCCGAUUGGCCGCAGCCUCCACCUGCUGCAGCCUGAUUGGCCGCUGCCUGCUGCCUGGGCGUCGACCUGCAGAAACAUCACAGCACUGUGAUACCUACAGAUUCUAAUAACUGCGUGUGUGUACAUAGCUGAGAGAAGAGAACUAUUUGAGAAUACAAAGGCGACUCUGCUGUCUGGCAUUUUGUAUUUAAAUUAUUUAUUUUUGUAGAUUUUGACCGAUGAGCUCGGCUGUCACAGCCGUCACAGCCGAGCUCUUUCUAUUGAAAUAAAGAUUUCUAAGAGACUCAA